AAAAAGCUGCACAUUACCCUUCCAGAAUAAUGGUAUUGGUGCAGGGGAAGGGGGAACAAGUUGGAACAAGGUAUGAAUUUUGUUCAUUUAAAUUGUUCUUGCUAACAAGACUAACAUAUUAUCUUUUGUUUAGUGUUUUCAUUGUGGAGAACAAGGUCAUUGGGCCAAGUCAUGCACCUAUAAACACAUUCCUUGUACAGAGGCCUGCCCCGAUGUCAAGUGACAUUCAUAUUAGGUUUAUUCUGAGCUCAAACAGGUUCAAGAUCACUCUAGGGACCAUUGGUGAACAUCACAAGUGGAAGGAAGGUGCAAAAGUUCCAAGACAAAAUGAAGAUUCUGAUUUUUGGUGUUGUACCCGGUCGGGUAUGCCCUAUACCCGAUCGGGUAAGUCGCUGAAAAAUUAAAUCGGAUCAACCCGGGAACAAGGGGGAGAUUUUGACCACGAUCGAGUGUUCAUACCCGAUCGGGUGGCCGACAUACCCGAUCGGGUAUGCCCCAGUUUUUCACACUUCUGCGAAGCAACCGAAUACCCGAUCGAGUGCCCUUACAGCCCGAUCGGGUACAUGACCCUGCAAGUCUAAAAAGCCUAUAAAUACACCUCAUUUCCUCCACAAUAAAUCACCAAUUCCUAUAUACUUCUAAGCUCAGUUUAGACAAGUUAUUUCUUUAUAUUUUCUUCAUGUUUAGUCUCCAAAUGAGGAGCUAAACUCUCCCAUCUUGGUUUUGCUACUUUGAAGCUUAAUGAAUUGUAAGUUGUGAGUUAUUUUCUUUAAUCUUCUUCCUUGAAUAUUAAUUAAUUCCUAUUCCUAUUACAUAUUAA